AUGGAAACCCCGAAGAAAGCGGCCGGCAAGAAGCUGGCUCAAGAGUGGCAGCUCGCUUCAGGGUCGAAAGUGAAGGUGUCGCGGCCAAAGAGAAGCAACAGCGCGGAAGCGCAGGUGCGCAAGAGUUUAGCUGACAAUUUCAAGACUAUGUCAGCUGUUGAGAUAGAUGGGACAGUGAGGGAAGGGCUCACCCUACGCCAGCGCUUGAUGCGUGAUAAGCAGCAGCAGCUAGAUCAACCUGGUUCCGUGGCAUUUGGAAAGUGCUACUAUCAGACCUUGCGUGACCUUUACGCUGACGGCAGCAAAGUUGAAGUGCUCUUGCGCCCUGACCCUUCCCUUGCAGUCAGGCCGGAGCUAGUGGAAGCUGCCACUGCAGCUUUGAAGCACCCGCCUAACAGGUCCCUGCUUGUCCAGUUCUUGAAGGUCGCAACAGCUUUCAACCAAGCAGAGUUCGUGGGGGUUCUGCGCUGGAUGAUGUCCCUUCAUCCAUCAGCCAGCAAUGACCAGCUGAAGAGUGGCUUGGCCGUCUUGGAGACGGUUUCCCGCUUGAAGCUCCAGGAGAAGUUUCCGCACGAAGCUUCCUUGGUGAAGUCCAAGUGGGACGAGAUCCUGUUGGAGGCCUUCCUGAGCGUCGCCAAAGCAGGUUUCGGACCAGCGCACUGGCUUAACAGUCACAGCGAUGUGUGGCCAUUGGUGCUCCCAGUGUCCCAAACUCGUACUUUGCUGAGUUUGGGGGAAGACGAGUCGUGGAACAGUGUUGCCAAAGAGUUGCGUGCGGUGACACAGUCUUCCAUGCUCGGCAAGCGCCUCUUCACCUUCGCAGCACUGAAAGUCGUUGAGGAGUCCGUGCAGGAUGCAAUCGAAGCCAGCUGUAAAGACUUGCUGGCACUCUCGGCCAUCAGCCCUGACGCCCUACAAAAGGUGAAGACAGCCGGCUUGGAGCAGCUCAAGAGCUUGGUCAGCGUCGACGACCUGCCGGAUCGCAGAGAAGUGACUGUGCAGUAUCGAGGUUGGCCAAUAGUGUUGAAGGUCUCCUGCGUGGCAGAGCAGCUUGACUGGGCUUUGAUGUCUGCUUUGAGGGGAGCCGCGGCGGCAGCGAAGUCCAUCCCUUGGUUGCCCGCAGAAGAAUGGCUAUGCCCAACCGGUGACGGCUCAAAGCAGGCAGCGGUCUCUGACGAGCUCCUGACAAAGCCCAGGGCCGUGCGGGAGCUCAUGUCUGCGCUCGUGAACGCCGGAGAUGAGAAGACUGGCGAGGGCAUGCAGGAGACCUUGAAAGUCCACCGUGACAAGUUUUUGGCUCUGGAUUCCUAUGCAGCCAUCGACCUGGCAUUCAUCAACGGCAUGUGCGGUGAGAGUGGUCGCAAGAAAGUCGAGGAUCUCUACCUCAAGAAGUCUGUGCCUUCUGCCAAGAACCUACUCUCAGUGGACGCCGCUGUCAACAACAGCCGGUCCAUGGUGGAGAGUUCGAUGCUGCAAUGCAUGGGCUCCAGCUGCCAAGGAAGCAUCAGUGCCGCGCACAGCAUGCUGUGUGCUAUCCAGAAAGGUUUGCCAGCGUGCAUCGACCCAGACAGCACAGAUUUUCUCAAGAAAGUUUUCUCCGGCACGCAGUACUUUGCUGUCUACACCGGUGGGAAGCUUGUGUACGAUGACAGCGGGGUGUUGAGCACCGCAGGAUUGACAGAACCUGUCUUGACGGGGCAGGAUGCUGUGCAAGCCCUGUGGAAAGAUGUCGCUGGUAAGAGUGCUAAAGACCUCACUUUGGCCCUUUUGGAACCCUUCGUUACUUUUAGGCGGUUCUUGAAUGAUGAACAGCGGAAAGACGCUGACAAAAUCUUGCAAGAAGUACUUGCUGCUGCGAGCAGCAAGAAGGGUAAACCGUCCAAAGUAGCUGCAGGCCCCAAGGAGUCAGCAGCUAAGGGCACGAAGCGGAAGUCUGCUGCAACAGCUGCUGCCGAAGCGCAGAAAGCUGCGAAGUCUUUGUUUGCUGCUUAG